AAAAAGCUGUGCUGUCCAAACUUAUUCUGAAGUUCAGUGUUUGAACGAGAAAGUGUCUGCAAUAGAUCUCGAAAAAGGGCAUCAGGAUCCGAAACCAGGAGGGGUCUGGAGAGGGUAGCUAGGGAAGAAAUUGUUCCCAUUUGGCAGCAAGGUCAAGAACCAGGGUCAUACUCAGCACCCCUACGAUGAUCACUGUCCAGCAUGUUCCACUGGAAGGUGGGGGCACCUUCAGGGAAGGCAGGGCUGGGGAAGUCAAGGUAGACUGUGAUGCCCUCUACAGUCAGACAGCCGGGUAGCAACAACUAAGCUCACACAAGAAGAAGAAUGGGCAGUUGGACAUGGAAACUGCAUCCUUCAGGGCUGAGAAUGGACGGGAAUUUAAAGGGAGGUGCCUGCUCUUCAGCCGGGCCUUUUGGAGACAGGAGAACACCAGCGGCUCGCUGAUCAGCCACUUUGUGGUGGAGGAGUGGGGACCCCCGGCUGCCUGCCAGUUCUGCACCUUUGUCGGCUUCUUCACCCUCAUCUUCUGUGCCGUGCAGGGCUGGAGGACUCUCUUCUACCUCUGCAAAGGACAUGACGACACGUUCUUCUCUGCAUUCCUGAACCUGUUGCUGAGCUGCUCAGUGUUGUUCCUCACCAUCGUCGCCAGCGUGAUGAUCAGCGUGGGCUUCAACAUCUGGUGUGAUGUGGUCACCGACCACGGUAACAUGCCCAUGAGCUGUGAGGAGAUCCAGUCGACAAACCUCCACCUGGACGUCGACACGUCCGCUUUUUACGUCCACUUCAGGAUCGCCCAGUUCGGCCUCUGGAGCAUUUGGACGAUAUGGGUCCUGCUGGGCGUGCUGGCCUUCCUCAAGGUCUACCGCAACUACAAGCGCAAGGAGCUGGCGCGCUGCCUCUCCCGGGAGAAGGAGCUGCUCCUGGAUCACUCCACUCGCAGGCGCCCUCCUCCGGAGGAACAGGCGGACCUCCCCAGUGUCUUCAUCUGAGCCCAGGGUGCCACGCGGCAUUGCCAGGCAAGAAGAAGCCUCUUGGUAAAGACAGCAUCAAACCCGAGCCCUCGGGCCCUUAUAUAAAAAGCCCUUAGUGGGGUCAAUAAGUUAUCGCCUGCCCCAUU